AUGGCCCGUUGGGAUCAUAUAGCGUAUCAAACAGAGCGUUGGGACUACUAUAUACCGGCUUUAUUCAAUCAUUCUGCUACGUUUGAGAAGAGGGUGCCAUGUUGUGUGGGUGACAUUAAUCGCGGGUUUGAAAAGUGGGAAAAAGAGAUACAACGAUACUAUCCAGAUGGAAGCACAUUCUGGCUACUUGGAAACCAUCCGGUUCAGAAGUUGAUAGUGCAAGGAUGUGUGGUUUCCUGGAAAUGGAAGUUCAUUGGCGAAAUAGACCAUGCAAUUUUCAAGAUUGACGAUUGCACGCGGGAAAAGGCAGAUACGGCAUCGUUGCUGCAUUGCAAAUGCUCUAAAAGUCGGAUUUUACAAUAUGGGCUGCCAAAUGCAGACCUCAGGGGAUGGCAACUACGAUUGCAUGGGACCAUGAAUAGUUAUCGGGAACUGGAAGUGGAAAGCAUCGAGAUCUGCACAAGUGUGCUUCAAGAGGUGGAAUUUUGGCGUAUGACAAUGCAAUGGCGAGAGAUACUAGCAGAGCCCUGGGUGUUCAAAGAUGAGGCUCUGGACCAAGCUCUGGCGAACAAUGAAGUUUUGGCAUCCAAUAAUAGCUAUAAUUUCGUGCAAUGGCUAGCGAGUGAAGCGUUCAAAAAUGAAUUGCAGAUCAGUGGUGAGGAUAGACCAUGCGGGGCCACACACGAACUACUGUUGCCCACGCCUGUGGAUUUUGGUUCUGUCAAUACUGUGCUAUUUGAAGAUGUUAAUUUGUCUGGAAACGAAGCUGAAAUUGUAAAUGCAUCGCCGGUAGUGGCCAGGCAUUCCGAGCAUUCCGAGGCCGAUCCGGGGACUAUCGUGGAGCUGGUUCCUGUAUCAAAGCAGUUCUCAUUGAGCGAUUAUCGCCGUUUGUUGACGGAGUACUUGAUCUGUCAGCGAAAGAGAGAGAUUUCGAUGCUCAAUACGUUUCGAAACCCCACGCUAAUGCAGGUUUUACGGUCGACUCUAAAACGUCAGUCACAACGCCAGACACAACAACAGGAGGAAGAAGAAGCUAGCCAUAUUUUUGCGCAGGCCGUUGCCAGACUGGUGGAUAUGGGAAUUGUACGAGUCUUUGCACAGGGCCGGAUCCUGAAUUUGCAAAUGUUGCAAUUGUGCUAUUCACAAGCAUCUGCGCGAAUCGAUGUGUUGAUUGCGAUGCGAUUGAAAACCGGGGUUUUGGAUCUGGAGGCAUUGUGCGAAGUGGUGAAACUUCCGUACCAGAAACCACUGAACGGGAUUCUUCUAGAUCUGUAUAAACGCGCGCUGCGAUGUGCCACGGAGUCUCCAGAAUCCCAAAUACGUUCGUGGUGGAUGGAAAUGGUUAGCGUCAGUGUAGCAGUAGUGCAUUUCAUCUGGUCCACGUGA